AUGGUGUCAAGCAACGAAAAAACUCCAAAUAUUGAAAAACUGGUGGAUAAUGAAAGCUCUGAAAUGUGGAGGUUUCAAAUAAAUAUCGUUUUCAAAUCUCAAGGACUGUGGGAGAUCGUGAAUGGUAUAAAAAUAAUUGACAAAUCGGCAACUGCAGAGCACAGGACAUGUUGGGAAAAGAAAUAUGCAAAAGCUCAGAAGUACAUAAUUACUACAGUUGAUAAAAAGAUUCUGCUACAUGUGAUGAGUUGUAAAACAUCAGCAGAAAUGUACAAAAAGCUAUGCAGUAUUUUUCAGAAAGACACUGAAGAUAAAAAAUGUGCAUUGUUGUGUGAAUUUUUCAAUCUGACAUAUCAGAAAGAAUAUGAUUUGUCUCUUCACAUUUCUAAAAUUUAA